CUCUUUAUCUCCUAAACUUCCAACGUGCUGCUGCGUUCAUGGAGAGCAAUACUCCAGCCGUUACCAUAGACGCCUCACCAAAUCUGAUGUUCCAGUGGCCGAGAUAUUCAGAGAGUGAGUCGCUGGAGAACUACUGUCUCCUUCCGUCCCUCAUCCCCAUCGUCCUACCAGACUCAAAGUACUUUGUCAUCAUGAGGAACCCAGUCUCCAUGCUCUACUCUGCAUUCUGGUUCUCAUGCACCAUGCUGGGACAAAAGCUGGGGUCAGUCAAGUUCAGAGGACCUGACAUCUUCCACGAGAGGAUUACCAGGAAAAUCCACAUGUUUAAUGAGUGCAAAAAUGAGGGGAAACCGCUCGAUUUGUGUGUGGAUGUGGUCGCUCCAAACCUGUACGGUCCAGAGCUGCCCAAUUGUGGCCGGACUCGACUGGAGAUGGGUCUCUACUAUUUCCAUGCCCGUACUGGAGAUAGAGCAACCGUUGAUGUGAUAACAGAUUUCCUGGAGCUGCCUAGGGCGACUGCUGACCUCGCCUUGGACACUGACUUGCGGUGCAAUGAGAAUUCACAACACGUGAUAGACUACAAGAGUGAUCCAAGACUG